AAAAACCUAUAGGCUUCAGAGACAAUAGGUUUCUCUUCUCAUCUGGUUUCCUCUCCUGUCCAUGAAAUUUCUUCAGUUCUGCUAACAAACCUCUCCAAACCCUCCGCCCCCUUUCCCUCCGCUUUCAACUUUUUGUUCCCUGUACGGUCUUUUCUUUAUACUCUCCUUUGUCCACCUCUAUUGUCGUCAGUAAUGGGCGCCGCCAUCGGCGACGCCGAAGAGGUGGAGAAGCUCUACGAGUACGGUGAGAGGCUCAAUGAAGCGAAGGACAAGGCACAGCAUGUCAGUGACUACGAAGGGAUUUUAAAUGCUGUGAAAAGUGGCAGCACAAAGGCCAAACAGUUGGCGGCGCAGCUAAUCCCGAGGUUCUUCAAAUUUUUCCCGGAGCUGGACAAGCAAGCUAUAAGCGCGCAGUUUGAUUUGGUUGAGGAAGAAGAACUUGCGGUGAGAGUACAGGCAAUUCGAGGUCUUCCUCUUCUUUGCAAAGAUAAUCCAGAUCAUGUUUCGAAGAUUGUGGAUGUCCUUGGCCAACUUCUUGCUUGUGAGGAGAAUGUGGAGCGUGAUGCAGUACAUAAAGCUGUUUUGUCUCUUUUAAGACAGGAUGUUAAUGCUUCUUUGACCGCUUUAUUUAAGCAUGUUGAGAUAGGCAUGGAAAACAUCCGUGAAAAAGUUAUUGCUUUCCUUAAAGACAAGGUGUUUCCUCUCAAAGCUGAACUGCUGAAGCCUCAAGUUGAGAUGGAAAGACUUGUCACUGAUUUGGUGAAAAGAAGUUUGCAGGAUGUUACAGGGGCAGAAUUUAAAAUGUUUGUGGAUUUCCUUAAAAGUUUUAGCAUAUUUGGAGAGAAAGCUCCUCCAGAGCGUGUCCAAGAACUUAUUGAGAUUAUUGAAGGGCAGGCAGAUCUUGAUGCACAGUUUAAUGUCUCAGAUGUAGACCACAUGGAUAGGAUGAUCUCUUGCAUGUUUAUGGCUUUACCAAUUUUUGUGAGAGGUGCUUCAAGCAGCAGGUUCCUUAAUUAUUUCAACAAACACAUAAUUCCUGUUUUUGAUAAGCUUCCUGAAGAGAGAAAGCAUGAUUUUCUUAAAAGUCUUGCUGGAAGUUCACCUUAUGCAACAGCACAGGAUUCACGUCAGCUUCUUCCAGCAAUUGUUCAACUACUAAAGUCUUAUAUGCCUCGGAGAAAAACGGAGGAGGCUAAUUUCAGUUAUGUUGAGUGUUUGCUAUACACUUUUCAUCACUUAGCUUAUAAGACACCAAAUUCUACUAAUAGCCUCUGUGGUUACAAAAUUGUAACUGGGCAACCAUCAGAUAGGCUUGGGGAGGAUUUUUCGGAUAUUUAUAAAGACUUCACGGAGAGAUUGAACUCUAUUGAGGAAAUUGUGAGAGUUGCCAUAAAGAAAUUAACCCAGGGCAUGGCAGAUCAUAACAAGGCAAUCUCUGCAGCUAAGACAGAAGAUGAAAAAGCCAAUAUUAAAGCUGAGCAGCAGAAAGCCACCAUUGCGCUCCGAGUAUGCAACAAUAUACUAAUUAUGACACAGCCAUUGCAUGCGAAAUCUCCUUCAUUUAUUGGUGAUAACAACAAGAUAAGCCCCUCAUGGAAGGAACAGAAAAAAGGGACGCCAGCAGCAAUUGCCGGGGCCAAGAGAACUGGAGGUCCUUCAAAUGUUACGGGUUUGAAUACUCCAAGUAAAAUGGCCCGUGGUGGGGGAGGCAUGCAAAACCAACUUGUUAACAGAGCACUGGAAGGUUUAUCUCAUGGUGGAAGAAGCAGUGGAAGAGGAAGGGGUUUUGGAGGUCGAGGAAGGGGUAGAGGUUAUCGUCAAUCUUAAAAUUACAAAAUUUUCUUCAAUCAGUUGCAUCAACCCCCCUAUUGAGUCCUCCAGAUUCAGAUUUUACUGUGAAAAUUAUUCGGCUUAUCAGCAACUAUAAUUCCAUGCAAUUACAUUUUAGAGAAAUGUUUCAUUAUGUUCUUAAUUUGUAACAUGCAUCUCUCAUAUUAUUAAAUAUUAGAUGUGAAAUUAUCA